UCAAAACAAAAAAUCGUAUAAAAUAUAAAACUAAUCAAAAUCAUGAUAAAUUUUUGGAAUAUCCAUCGAAAAUUUCGAAAAAUCUUCGAUAUCUACUAUCAACAAAUUCUCGUUAUUUCCCUAAUUAUUGCGGCAACACUUGGUUAUUUUCAUUUCGAAAUGCAACAAAACAAUCAACAAUUAGAACAUCAAUGGAAGCAGUUCUUGCAACUUUAUCACGAACAAGAAGUCUUUAUUGUUAUCUUUCCAAUACUUCUUCUUUUGAUAGCAGCAAUGGUCGGUUUCAUAAUUGCCAUUAAUUUGGAUUCAUUGCGAAACUAUGAUCAGUUGACAUAUUUGGAAAUUAAAAAACGUUAUGCAGAUUAUCUUUUCAUUCAACUUGUAACGCGUAUUGAAAAAACUGAAAAGAAACUUUUAUAUGACAGAAAUUUGAUACCAAUUGAAAGUUUCAUACAUGCUCAUGAAGAAAUGCGUAAGACGAUUGAUAAAUUUCGAAUGGAUACAAAGGAAUUGCUGUCACUGUCGGAAUUUGAUGAACUUGUUCCGUGGGAAAUGUUUUUUGCCGAUGAUGAAAUUCGACGGUCACGUUUUUUGCAUUUAUCGAUGGAAGAAGAUGUUGUAAGGGAUUUGGCUUCUUCAUGAUUGAAAAAGGAUCAUUGUGCAAUAAAAUUUAUAUAUAUUUUUUAAAUAAUAUUUAUGUAUAAAUAAAAUAUUCAAAUGUGUGUUGUGAUUGAAA